AUGUCGCUUAUUCCGAGCAUUUUUGGGGGCAGGAAGACCACCGUCUUUGACCCUUUAUCCAUUCUGAAGAUAAGCGGGGAGAGGGCAAAGGAGAAGGAAGAGAAGAACGAGAUGUGGCACCGAGUGGAGAGGACGAGCGGCAAUUUCCUGAGGAGGUUCAGGCUGCAGGAAAAUGCUAAGGUGGACGAGGUCAAGGCUUCUAUGGAGAAUGGUGUUUUGACAGUGACUGUUCCUAAGGUGGAAGACAAAGAAGCCUGA